UUCUCUCUCUCUCUCUCUCUCUCUCUCCUCUCUCUCUCUCUCUCAUCAAAAGGAUGACAGGCGAGAUUUCAACGAUAAUCUUGACCGUUCAUCAUCUGGAGUGCCAUCGCUGUUUCAAGAAGAUAAAGAAUGUUAUCUGCAAACUCCAAGAUAAAGUGCCCAUCGAGAAAGUAGCAUACGAUGAGAAGAAUAGAACAGUGACGAUUUCUGGGCCGUUCGAUCCAAUCUGUGUAAAGAAGAAGCUCUGUUGCAAGGCCCGCAAACUUAUCGUCGAUAUCUCGAUACCGCAGGACAAUAAACCGGAUGGGGAUGGGGGGAACAAACCGGGCGAGAAUAAGCCGCCUUCGCCCGAACCGGAAAAGAAGUGUCAACCGGUUUACUUGCCGAUACUGCCGGUCGGGCUCACUGGCGGUCCGACGUUACCGGUAUGCUGUGGCCGACGGUGCUAUGGGUGGUGUAAUGACAGCUGUCGGUGCUGCUAUUACGGGUGUUGGAUGGUGUGUCCUCCGUCACUGCCGGCUGUCGGUAAGCCGGUCACAUAUCAGUUCUCUUGUGAUUAUGAACAGGUUCCUAACCCGUGCAGUGUUAUGUAAUAAGUUGUUUAUGAGCAUUUUUAGAAAAACAAAAUUUUUCUUGAUGGUGUAACUUAUUUGAUAAUUUGGGCUAAU